AUGCUUGGUGAUCGACUUCCUGAGUUUACGGAGGAGGAACGAACACUCGUCAAGGGAUCUUCUGACUUUUUCGGACUCAACACUUAUACGAGCAACCUAGUCCAGCCGGGAGGUAACGAUGAAUUCAACGGGAAAGUUAAAACUACUUUCACCCGGAAAGAUGGGAGCCAGUUAGGUACUCAAGCGGACGUUCCGUGGCUGCAAGACUAUCCCGACGGGUUCAGAGAACUGCUUAACUAUAUCUGGAAGACGUACAAGAAGCCUAUAUAUGUCACCGAAAACGGAUUCUCCGUUAAAGGCGAAGCUAAUGAGAAACCAGAAGAGGCUGUCAAUGACACGGGUCGCGUUGACUAUUUUUGUGGCUACACUAAUGCGUUACUCCGGGCAGUGAACGAGGAUGGCGUCGAUGUUAGAUCCUACCUCGCUUGGAGUCUUCUGGACAAUUUUGAGUGGGCUGAAGGCUAUCGAGUUCGCUAUGGGGUGACCUUUGUCGAUUUUACGACGCAGAAGCGAUAUCCCAAGGCCUCAUCGAAGUUCCUUGCUCAGUGGUACCAAUCAGCGUUGUGA